GAGGAGCAGGAGACAGAUUGUGGGACCGAGCGCGGGCGGGCGGGAGGCGCCGGAGCUGCCAGCGGGUGAGUCCUGUUAACAUUAGCUGGUCCGUGGUCUGACAGGAGGCUCCCCUUCUACUCCGGCCAGUCCCAGCGUCCCGGGCCGGGGUCUCCCCUCCCAGUCUGUGUUGGACGGGGGCGCUGAGGCGGUGGCCGGGCCUGUCUGAGGAAGAGGGUGGGGCACAGUCUAAGACAACCAAUAAGAGAACAGGAAGCCACAAUUGGCGGCCAUGAGCGCUAAUGGGAGAUCGCCUUUACCUUGCGGAGUGCCGCCCUCUUCUCUUCUCCCGCCUCCUUCCUUUUGGAGGAAGGCGGGGCCAGAGGACUGAAGUGUGGGGAGAACUUGGGCUCUGCUCUGCUUUAUGAAAUAUGGGAGACGACAGACCGUUUGUGUGCAAUGCCCCGGGCUGUGGACAGAGAUUUACAAACGAGGACCACCUGGCAGUCCAUAAGCACAAGCAUGAGAUGACACUGAAAUUUGGCCCGGCCCGGACGGACUCCGUCAUCAUUGCAGAUCAAACGCCUACUCCGACUAGAUUCCUAAAGAACUGUGAAGAGGUGGGGCUUUUCAAUGAACUAGCUAGUUCCUUUGAACAUGAAUUUAAGAAAGCGACAGAUGAAGAUGAAAAAAAGGGUGCUCCUGGGCCUCUUGACAUGUCUCUGCCUUCUACACCAGACAUCAAAAUCAAAGAAGAGGAGCCAGUGGAGGUAGACUCAUCACCCCCCGACAGUCCUGCCUCUAGCCCCUGCUCCCCACCACUGAAGGAGAAGGAAGUUGCCACAAAACCUGUUGUGAUUUCUACCCCUACACCCACCAUCGUACGUCCUGGCUCCCUGCCACUCCACUUAGGUUAUGAUCCACUUCAUCCGACUCUUCCUUCCCCAACCUCUGUCAUCACACAGGCUCCACCAUCUAACAGGCAAAUGGGAUCUCCUACUGGCUCCCUCCCUCUCGUCAUGCAUCUUGCUAAUGGACAGACCAUGCCUGUGCUGCCAGGGCCUCCAGUACAGAUGCCUUCUGUUAUUUCACUGGCCAGACCUGUGUCUAUGGUGCCCAACAUUCCUGGUAUACCUGGCCCACCAGUCAACAGUAGUGGCUCCAUUUCUCCAUCUGGCCACCCUAUGCCGUCAGAAGCCAAGAUGAGACUAAAAGCCACUCUGACCCACCAAGUCUCUUCCGUCAAUGGAGGUUGUGGGAUGAUGGUGGGUACUGCCAGCACCAUGGUGACAGCCCGUCCAGAGCAGAACCAGAUCCUCAUUCAGCACCCUGAUACCCCAUCCCCUGCCCAGCCACAGGUCUCUCCAGCCCAGCCCACCCCUAGCACGGGGGGGCGGCGGCGGCGCACAGUAGAUGAAGAUCCAGAUGAGCGUCGGCAGAGAUUUUUAGAGCGAAACCGAGCUGCAGCCUCCCGAUGCCGCCAGAAGCGGAAGCUGUGGGUGUCCUCCCUGGAAAAGAAGGCAGAAGAACUUACUUCUCAGAACAUUCAGCUGAGUAAUGAAGUCACAUUACUACGAAAUGAAGUGGCUCAGUUGAAGCAGCUUUUGUUAGCUCAUAAAGACUGCCCUGUCACUGCACUACAGAAAAAAACUCAAGGCUAUCUAGAGAGUCCCAAGGAAAGCUCAGAGCCAACGGGUUCUCCAGCCCCAGUGAUUCAGCACAGUUCUGCAACAGCCCCUAGCAAUGGCCUUAGUGUUCGAUCUGCAGCUGAAGCUGUGGCCACCUCGGUCCUCACUCAGAUGGCCAGCCAAAGGACAGAACUGAGCAUGCCCGUACAGUCACAUGUGAUCAUGACUCCACAGUCACAGUCUGCGGGCAGAUGAUGCCUCCCAUGAUGGAGAAAUCCCCAGCCAGAGCUCGCCCGCCUGAGCCCAAGAGAGAGAUCAACUUACCCCUCCCAUCUGCCUUAGAUGUGGCAGUAUGGGAGAGGGAGAAAUUGUGUGUUGUGAGUAUGGACAGAUGUGGGGCUUUUCUCUUUAGCCACAUGAACAUGUACGCUUGACACCUGUACUAGGGCUUCUGGCCCCAAAGCCACACAGAUCAUCCCCCAAGGGUGGGGUUUCUUAUGUACCUACAGCCAAAGGCCUUUCCACAUGGUCCGAGCAAUCAUCCCCAGCCCUGAUGCAUGUGUACCUGUCUUUUAACACUAACCCUUGCACUUGUAGGUUUGGGGUUCUCAGUGUCCUCUCCUCCCAUUGAGCUGUGGCUGUUAACUUCUUAUUCCUUACUAGCAUGCCACUUUCUGCCAGAUAGAGGGAGACGAGAUUCGAUGGCGUGUUGCUUGCUGUCCAACCCCAGCACCCAUGCACUCAGGACUUUGUCUCCCCAUAGCUGCUUAUUUAUCUCUUCCCCCUUCCUAAAUUGCAGUGAAGCAUUCACUUAUUGAGAAUGUAUGAAGCACCAGUAUCUCCACCUCUUCCAUGUGCUCUAUUCCUUAUUCCUAUCUGCUACCAAAAACAAACACAAACAAAAAAAAGCAAAACUCUGAAUGUUUGAAUCAUUUUUCAUUUCCAAACCUAUUGGGUACCUCAUUUUGUCUCUUGACUUUCCUUGGUCGAAUGGUGGGGUUUUUCCUACUUCCCCACCAUGCCUUGGGAACCUCAUCUUGUGGCCUUAUUGUUAGUGGCAAUGAAAAGGGAGAGAGCCUGGGAUCUAACGGGCUUCCCUGUCUCCUUUCCUACCUUCCCGUUCUAAUCAGGGCAGACAGGAACAGUGUAACUUAAAACUUGUUCCAUCAGGUUACUGGAUUAACAAAUUCUUUUAUGUUUUAUAAUAGCUUACUGUCUAACAUCUGCAUAUUGUCAUCUUUGGUCAUCUGUGGGCCCUUUCCUCUCCUCUUUGUUCCCCUGCCCACAUCACUCCUUUCAAUCAGCCUUCUGCAGGUCAUCAGACAGGAGCUGCUUUCGCUCUCUGUUCCUUGUUUCCCCCACAGCUCUCAGUUUCCCUUCUUUUCUACGAUAUGGCUUGUGUCCACCAGUGUCCAUCACCCUUGUCUUCCCCACCUUCUCUCUCAGCAGGGUCCUGGCCUAGCCACUAGGUGUCUCUAGUAAUAAAAUUUCUUUGAACUUGGUUUUUUGUUCUCUGCCCCUCAAAUGUAGUGCUUGUCCGAGGCACAGGCUCCAGGGCUCUGAAACAUUGUGGCCAAGGUCCUGAGUGGCUUUUGAGUGUAAGAGUGAGUGUAGAGAGAACAGGAAAGUGUGUCAUCUCAGCAGAGUGCUCAGGACACGGACUGUCUGUCUGGGAGAUUGGGGAGUGUGGCUAUUGGCUACCGUUAUUUGGUGGGCUCCAGGGAGAGAAAUGCACCCUCCUCUUUCUCCUCUUUCCUUGGCUCUGAACUGUGCAGUCUCUUUCAGAGCCAGAGCCCUGUGGAUAGAUAGGUCAGCUUUAAUAGCUUUUGAGUAGAAAACCCUCCCGGCUGUACCAGAGCCACCUUCUGCCAUCUGCUCCACCAAGAGUCUUCUUUGCUGCCUCCAUCUUAAAUGUACAGAAUACCUGCUUGCUUCCUUUUUUAUUUUAGCUCCCAAAAUUUAUUGUCAUGGAGGAAAGAGAAAAUGUUCUACUUUAUAUGAUUAUUUCCUCAGAGUUUAGAUUAGUGAGCCCAUCCUGUAACAUGUUCUGCUGCAUUGUAUCUAAGUUUUCCCUCCUCCUCUUUAGCGUCAGUGCUGAACAAGCCACACCCAGUGGGGGAAAAACAAAACAGGAGAUGGCUUUCUCAUCCUCUACCACCAGGGACUCAACAGGAACAGCCCCUGAGGUGACAAGGCUAGCAAAGGCCACCAGAUGGUCAGGGGCAGGGUAUUGUCUCCAGGGAUUUCACCUGGCUUUAGAAACUCAGAGCUGUGUUUGUGUUCAGGACUUCUUUAGAUGGCUGCUUUUUUGUUUUUGUUUUUUCAAGAUAGGGUUUCUCUGUGUCGCCCUGGCUGUCCUGGAACUCGCUCUGUAGAUCAGGCUGGCCUGGAACUCACAGAGAUCCGCCUGCCUCUGCCUUCUGAGUGGUGGGAUUAAAGGCGUGUGCCACCACUGCCAAGCAUCUUUUUUUUUUUCUGUCUUCCCACUAGCGGCCUUGCACUAAAGCAUGUCUGAGUUUAUGGCUCCCAAGGAGCCUUCAUAGGCUUCAUAGACUUGGCUGUUUUUCUUACCCCAUUAAUCAAGGAAUUUUUUUUUCUUUUGGUUUUUCAAAACAGGGUUUCUCUGUAACUUUGGUGCCUGUCCUACUAGCUCUUGUAGACCAGGCUGGCCUCAAACUCACAAAGAUCCAUCUGUCUCUGCCUCCCAAAUGCUGGGAUUAAAGGCGUGCGCCACCACAGCCUGGCUCAGUCAGGGUUUUAAAAGUUAUGAACCGGUGCCACUUCAUCCAUACCCUGCCAGUCUAGUCUGCCCCUGUGUGGAUAUCUAGUCUAUACGGACUCUCAAGUCUUUGUUUCCAUAGCAGGAAGUCAGCGUUAGGCCCUGAAUGAUGCAGGGCCCCACAGAACUGCAGUAGGGAAGCAGCACUGAACUUAGGGGCAGGACAACCCCAGAUACCUCUAUAGUUGGUUCUCUAAGAAAGCAGAGCAACAGCUUACAGUGAAGCUUCUCUUAUAGUCAAGGGGUUGUCACCUACAGGAUUGCUGCCAGUGGUCACUGCCUUGACCUUUGCCUUCCAGACUUACCUGAACCAGAACCAGCUGUCAUACAGCUAUCAUACACCCUUCUUUUUUUUUUUUUUUUUUUUUUUGAGACAGGGUUUCUCUGUGGUUUUGGAGCCUGUCCUGGAACUAGCUCUUGUAGACCAGGCUGGUCUCGAACUCACAGAGAUCCGCCUGCCUCUGCCUCCCGAGUGCCGGGAUUAAAGGCGUGUGCCACCACUGCCCGGCUUCAUACACCCUUCUUGACAUCCUAUGAUGUGUCAUAGAAGAGUCUUUGGCGUUCUGUAUGCUUCUUGUAUUUGGAUAUCAAUUUCUAUCUUUAGGUUUAGGAUAUUUUGUGCUAUAAUUUCAUUAAAUAAUUUGACUGAUCCUUUUGAAUUUAUCUCAGGUCCUCCUCCUUCUACCCCAUGGGUUCUGAGGUUUGUUUGAUCUUCUGAAUAUAUCCCAAGCUUUCUGAAAAUGCUGCUCAUGUUAAUUUUAUAAACAUAUGUGCAUGCAUGUGUGUGAGUCUGUCUGAGUAUAUUGUUGUCCCAACUCUGUCCUGCAUUCCCAAACUCUUUGAUCUUAUCGCUUGGUGAUGCUUUCUGGCUAGGUUUUUCAGUUGAUUGUUUCACGUUGGUUUCUGUGUGGUUCCUUUUCCAUGUUUGAAUGCCCUCACUAAAAUUUCCCUCCAUGUUUCUGACUUUCUCCUCCAGCUUACCCACUAUCUUGUUCACUUUGGAGGUUUUGUAUACAAUUCCUUAGUUCAUUCAUGUGUAUUUGAGACUUCUAUACAGUCAUUCAUCCUUUUUAAGAAUGAAACUCUAAAUCCUUUCUCCAACAUUUCAGCCAUCUCAGGACUUUGAGUUUCCAUUAAGAAAGGUUUGGAGUAUGUCCUGGUGGGUUGUUGUCUCAUAAUAUUUGUGUUUCUCUGUGGUGUUUAAUGCAUCAGUUGAGAUGGAUAUAUCCUCCAAUUUUAACUCAUCCUUUUCCAACUCCAUUGUUUUGCAUAAGUCCACCGAGCCCUUCUUAAGAACCUAUCAGGAGGCCGGGCGGUGGUGGUGCACGCCUUUAAUCCCAGCACUCGGGAGGCAGAGGCAGGCGGAUCUCUGUGAGUUCGAGGCCAGCCUGGUCUUCAAGAGCUAGUUCCAGGACAGGAACCAAAAGCUGUGGAGAAACCCUGUCUCGAAAAAAAAAAAAAAAAACAAAGAACCUAUCAGGAGGGAGCUGAGAAUGUGGUAUCUGAGGACUCUUCUGAGCGACCACAGCCCUGCCCUGUGCCCUUGCGACCCCACUCCUACAUGAUAAAGCUUGUUCAGAGCUGGGAAGGCACCCAAGGAGAACUAGAAAGGACACGGCUCCUUCCUCUCCUCCUGUCCAAGGCUGUAAGCCCCAGACCACAUACUACAGGGAGCUGGGCUGGUGAACCUCGCCUUGCCACCUUCUUCCCUCUCCCAAUCUGUAGCUCUUGACUCCCUUUCUUGGUUCACUUCCAUCUCCUCAGCGGCUUGCCCUCCAGCACCGUCAUCCUGAGAGACUGAGUGACUGAAAGACACGUGCACACAAGAGUUUUCCUCUGGCUUCUGAGAUAGGCUCCUUAAAGGUGCUAACUCCUGAGAUUACUCUCCCCAGUUUGUCCCUUUCAUAGCUUUCUUCCCAUCCCCAGAUCACAUUUCCAUUAAUAUUAUCUCUUAUGUCCACAAAAAAAGAAAUACAUUAUAGUCAGUCUGUUUACACUCUGGUCUUCCUGCUGUGUGCUCUUCCUCCUUUCUUUAGCUAUGUCUGUCCAGAGUGAGAGGUGUGAGGAACCUAAGGCCUGCUGAAGACCCCAGCCCUCUAAAGUCCAUCUAGACAUUGUUAAAACAGUCUGUUUGUCUCUGUACACAUGAAUGUGCACAGACAAAUCCUCCUACUCUGGCCGGAGUAGUGACCCCACAGGAAUGAGCACAGUGCUGCUGGCCAACAUCUCCACCCUCUCACUGUCACUUUGAGGUAAAUCCUACCCCAGAAUGAACAAGGCUGGUGAGAACAGGGCAGGUUGUGUCCUUGUAGGUACAAGCUUCUGUUUUAGCUAAACAGGUGUUUUCUUUGCUUUUUCUUUUGUUUUUUAAUGUGAGCUAUACCCCAACUACUGGUGAGUAAGGUUGUAGUUGUUAAAUGGCUGUGAGCUCUAGUUUCACUGGCUUUACCUUAGGGCAGUGUCAGCAGCACCAUCAUCUGAAGCUUGCUAGAAAUGCGCAAUCUUGGCCAUCCCCGCCUCCUGAGCUGAGCACUCUGUGCUUCUAGUACACACUAAUGCAUGAGUCCCUUGGGACAAGGAUUACUUUAAAUGUGUCCUCUGCCUUAGCAUUGACUUUUCAUUUCCCCUCAGUCCCCCUUCCACUCCCAUUAAAAUAGCCACCACCGUAUCACUCAGCCCAGUUCUAGGCUUUCUUUCUUCUAGUCUUAGCUCUAAAACCUUUUCCUACAUUGUUCCUGGCAGGACUUACCCAUAUUUCCUUGCAGGCUUCUCGCUCUGCAUUUUCGGUUACAUUAAGAGCCAGCAGGAAAGCCAGGAGUGGUGCAACCUUUGAUCCCAGCACUUGGGGGGCAGAGGCAGGCAGAUUUUUGAGUUCAGGGCCAACCUGGUCUACAUAGAGAGUUCAAAGCCAACCAGAGUACACAGAGAGACUCUGUCUCAAAAUAAAUAGACAACAAAAUCAGCAGGAGCCAUAGUUGUCCAAUUUCUCUCUCUCUCUCUCUCUCUCUCUCUCUCUCUCUCUCUCUCUCUCUCUCACACACACACACACACACACACACACCUCUUGCAGGCAGGGAUAUUAGCCUCCAUCCCACAGUGGAGCGUGCUACAUCCUGAUAGAGUAUCUCUUGAGAAGAGAGAAAUGUGUAUCUAUGAAUAUAUCUCUGUUCACCUAUAUAUUUUUGACAUGUAGCAAUACCUGUCCAUCCUGAAGGAGCUCAACCCAGUCCGGGUCCCCAAGCUCCACUGGUAGGCGUCACAGGUGGGAGGGUCCAGUGCUACGGGCUGUUUUGUUACAAAACUGUCUUUUCUCCUUUCCUUCCACCCAGUUCAGCAUGACCCCUGUGAGCAGGCUCUCACAAUCUCCUGGGGCGGGGCUGAGGCAGGGGCUUUGAGCUCACCUCCCUAACCGUCCCGUCCUACUUCCCCCAAGCCAUGUAGUAGUUAUCACCCAGUCUUGCCUUCUCCCUCCGUCCUUCGCCCUGACAUAUACUGUGCCUUAUUUAUGCUGCAAAUACAACAUUAAACUAUCGAGAG